AUGGAUGACAUAGAAGACAUUCCCUUAUCUCCUCCUCCUUUUGAAUAUGAACCUACUUCUUCAAUUGAAAUCAUUUCUGAAACAGAAACAGUUACAACCAACAGUUCUAACAGUUUAAAUAGAAAAAAACGAAAUACUGGUGCACGUCAAAAACCUUAUGCAUACAGCCGAAAAGGUGGAAACACAACAAAUCUUAUUGUCCAUUUGCGUGAUAAACACAAAAUCACAAAAGAAAAUUAUUUUCAGUUUUUAGAUAAUUCUAAUCAGGAACUUAUUACACAAAAGCUUGUAACCUUUAUCAUCAAAUUCAUUCAACCACUAUAUAUUUUACAAAAUCAAUACUUUCGUGAAUUACUCCUUAUCUGUGAGCCAGGUUAUAGAAUUCUAUGUGACAAAACAGUAAAAGCAAUAAUCAAUGAUUCAUUUGUAUGCUGUAAGGAACAACUUUGUUCACUUUUAAAUAAUAAUAAUGUUAUUGCUGUUCAUUUGACUACUGAUUUAUGGACUGCAAGGUCUCGUCAUGUAUAUCUUGGUGUAAUAGCCACAUGGUUAACAUCUAAUUUUGAAUUCUAUGAGGCACUUUUGUCCUGUAAUCACAUUCCAUAUCCACACUCAGGAGAGACUAUCAGUGCUGCAUUAUUUCAAAUUAUAAAUGAGUGGCAUUUAUCAAACACAGCAUUUACCAUUGCAACUGAUAAUGGUUCUAAUAUGAUAAAGGGUGUUCGACUAUUAGGUGAGAAAUACUUAUCACAAAUAAAACGGCAACCUUGUGCUGCUCACACAUUACAACUUUCAGUUCUACAAGGUCUGAAGCAGUGUAAAUCAAUACAUCGUCGAGUAAAGUGUUUACAGGCAUUUUUUCGUUUACCAAAACAAGCUCAGAGACUUCGGGAAGCCCAACAAAGCAAUCAGCAAUUACUGGAGGAAAAUGAUUAUAGUAACCCUCUUGAUGUUUUAACUGAUGUUAAAACAAGAUGGAAUUCGACAUACUAUGCAUGGAAGAGAAUAUUAGAAUUACACAAUUCAAUGCGACUCAUUUCUACCACAUUGUUGACAAAACCAGAUCGAGCAUCACAGAAAGAAGGAGAGAAAUUAGAACGACUAUGUUUAUCUCUUGAUGAAAAACAUCUUGUUAACCCUUAUAUGGAAUUGUUGAAAAAGACAUUUGCACCUAAGUCUGAAAAUGGAGAAAGUCUUGAUACAUACCUUGAUCUCAUUUAUGGGCCACAAACUGAAGAUAAUAAUGGCAAUGAAGAAGAAUCUGACAGUUCAACCAGUGAUGAUGAUGAAAUCUCAUCUGGUGGUUCACAACAACAUUGGCAAUAUUCCCAUCGAACUAGAGGUGCAAUAGAUGACAUAGAUGAUAUUAAUCGUGUUGAAUAUUUACCAGCUGUUAAUACUACUGGCCUUCUUCAAAAAGUUCAAGCAGCUAUUUUUUUAUCAUUAGAUGAAUUAUGGUCAGUUCCAACAGAAUUAGUUCAAAUUGCAACAGUACUUGAUCCCCGAUUCAAAAAUUUCCAAUGGGAUAGAAGUGGUGAGGAAAGAGACAAAUCACAUCAAUUAUUAUGGGAAUUAUAUGAUUUUACAAAAGUGGAUUUUGAAUCUAAUAAUAUUCAACAAACAACAACUAUUCACAAUUUACAUACAACUAAUGAAGAUGACAAUGAUGAUUUUUUUGAAACCUUGGAAAUUGAUCUAAGUUCAUUUGAACGUUGGUCUGAAUAG